AUGGCAGACCUCAGCAACAUUCUUGCCGCGCUGGCGGCACAAAGGCAAGGAGGCACUCCGCAAGCCGCUCCCCCUCCACCUGUCCCCGGCGCUCCUUACCCUCCACCUCAGUACGCCACUCCUCCAGGCAAUCCACCACCCUAUGGUCUACCUCAACCCAUACACUCGGGCAGCGUCGACUUGACGAACAUAAAACCUGUCAGUUCGGGCUCUGUCAGCAUUGCCGAUGCCGUUGCCAAAGCUCGGGGUAUAGCUGCUGAAAAAGGUCUCUCCUAUGAUCCAAGUAGACCACCCAUCAACCCAAACGAUCUUCGCACUGGAAGCCGAGCUUACCGACGCUCAAGGUCGCCCUCCCGAUCUCCCCCUCGCCGCGAGGGCUACCGCGAUACCUACAACCCCUACAGAGAUGAACGACGGGGGAAUGACCGUGGCUACAACAGAGAACGCUCAUUCUCCCCAAGAGGCGGACAUUAUUCUCCUGGACGAUAUCGGGAUGAUCGAUCACCUGGUGUUGACCGAGGGGCCGAAGGUGAUUCGGAAAUUCUGCCCCUCGACAAAGGCGUGGUUGGGCUUAUCAUUGGACGCUCCGGAGAAAACCUACGCAGGGUUGAAAACACUACAGGUGCCCGCGUCCAAUUCAUGGAUGGGCCUGAAGUUCCGGGUCCUCAACGACACUGCAGGAUAUCUGGCAGUCGGGCGGCGCGCACAGCUGCCAAAGCUGAGAUUUUUAGGAUCAUCGACGACAACGAGGUCGUGAAACGGGGGCAGGACAAGUCGCGCACCAGCCAACCCAAGGUCACGAGCACAAAAGAGGGCGACAGCCUACAGAUGAUGGUUCCAGAUCGAACAGUGGGCUUGAUUAUUGGUCGAGGUGGAGAAACUAUUCGAGAUCUGCAAGAUCGAAGCGGGUGCCAUGUCAACAUCGUGGGAGAAAACAAGAGCGUGAAUGGCAUGCGACCCGUCAACCUGAUUGGCAGUGCGUCCGCCCAGCAAUACGCAAGAGAUUUGAUUCUGGAAAUUGUGGAGAGCGAUCAGAAAGGUAUCAGCAUCAAAGACCUCCACCGAGAGCGGGAAGAUUCGUAUGGCAAGGUCAACGACAGUAUUGUCGUGCCCGGCGAGGCUGUGGGCAUGAUCAUCGGGGGUGAGUCUAUUCGUGAUAUGCAGAACCAAACAGGGUGCAAGAUCAAUGUCUCGCCUGCCGCUGGGCGAGAUAUUGAACGCGAAAUUGGUCUCAUUGGCAGCCGGCACGCCAUCGAUGCUGCCAAGCGUGCCAUCAUGGAGAAAGUUGACGUCGUGCGUGCUCGAACACAAGCUCGUGAGCGUGAUAGUCACGACGAAUAUGCGGACAGGUAUCCCGGGCAGCAGCCCGCCACAUACUCUCCCGCUGCCGUCAACGUCGCCCAGGGUGUUGCACCGCCCCCGGCUACCGGGGCAGCGGACCCGUAUGCUGCAUACGGUGGCUACCAGAAUUAUCUCCAGAUGUGGUAUGCAGCCAUGGCAGCUCAACAACAAGGUGGCCAAGGUCAAGGUGAGCAGCGAUAA